GACUUUCGGGAUGCUGUUGCCAAGGCAACCCGUCAGAAUGGGAAGCCGGUGGUGGAUGAGCGGAUCCUCAGUCAGAUCCUGUAUUACCUGCCGCAGCUCUACCAGCUCAACAGAGACCUGCUGAGGGAGCUGGAGGAGAGAGUGGCACACUGGAGCGAUCACCAGAGACUGUCGGACAUCUUUGUCCAGAAGGGUCCUUACCUGAAGAUGUACUCCACCUACAUCCGUCAGUUUGACAACAACGUGGCUCUGCUGGACGAGCAGUGCAGGAAAAACACCGCGUUCGCUGCUGUCGUCAGAGAGUUUGAG